AUGAAUAUUGCUUGCACAAUAUGCUUGGAUCGUUUUUUUCUUUCAUCAAUUAUAUCAGCGUCACCAUGUGGUCAUUUAUUUCAUGAUAAAUGUUUGGAUCGAUGGCUUGUCGACGAACGAAAAAAAACUUGUCCACAAUGUCGUACACCAAUUACACCAAAACAAGUUUUAAAAAAACUUUAUUUAAUGGAACCACUGUGUCAAACACAAUUACCAUCUAGUAGUCAUGAUUCUUCUGAUCUUUUAAAUCAGCUGGAUGCACAAGAGACAAAAAUACUCGAAUGCGAACAACGUUGUCGGAAAGCAUUGAGUGAUUUGCAAAAGAGUGAAGAAAGGCGACAGGCAUUUGAAAAUGAUGCCGUUUCAUUACGAAAACAAUUCAGUGAACAAUCAAAUAAACAUCAGCGAACAAUAAAUGAACGAGAUGCUAAAAUUAAUAUGUUACUCGAACAAUACAAACAUAUUGAUUUAUCGAAUAAAAAAGAUGAACAAAUAAAAUCAUUGCAAGCAAAACUAACUGAGUAUCGAAAUAUUGAGUUAAUUUAUAAAGGUCUUGCAAGUACUUUUAAAACAGAAUUACAAAAAAUGGUUGGCUCUUGUCAAACAAUACAAGAUAAAGACCGUGUCAUGGAAGAAUUAAUACGUUAUAAUGUUAUUCUUAAAGAGGAACAUUGUAAAAUGUCAGAUGACAAACAAGAUUUAAUAAGAAAUUUAGAUCGGAUAACUGCGCAAUGUGAAAAAAUGCAAUUAGAAAAACGACAAGUUAUUAAACGACAAUCGAAUGCAACAGAUAAUUCUAAACAAGAAUUAGCAUCUGUUCGUCAACAACUAGAAUCUUAUCAAUCUCGCAUUAAUCAAUUAGAAUCACUUUUGCUUCGUACUGCUUCGCCCGAUACUCGUUCUCUAGUUCGACGUGUUCUUCAUGAAAGUCCAUUCCCAGAUAGUGUUACACAAAAAGUUCGCGUACGACUGGAUGAACCUUCAAAAUCAAAUCCUAUUCCUUUGACUGAUGAUGAAAGUUCAAAAGAUGAUGAAAUCGAUUCAAAUAUGAUCGAUCUUACUAAUGUUCCCGAACAAUCUUCAUCACUACCAUUUUCUACACAACAAUUCUCAACAGCAACAUCAGCUAUUGAUAUUCUGCAUUCAAUCAUACAGGAAACAUCAUCAAGUCUUGAUUUGCCAACAAUGAAAAAAAUGAAAGUCAGAAAAUUAGAUGAUGAUGUUGAAGAAAACGAUGAUUAUCUUGUUCGUCCAUUCGUACGAAAUGAAAAUAAUUUUCAAAGAUCUUUUAAUAAAUUUGGUGGACACUCAAUACCAAUUACUCGACGUAUUAGUAGUACAACAUUCAAAUCAAAACCUAAAUCAACUAAAUUGAAACGUAUUCCAACAAAAAAUAAUCACAAAAUUACAACAUUCUUUGAUUUAAAUUGA